AUGGCUACUACCAUAACUCAAUCCAAAUCGCCUGCCAGUUUGUCUGAAACUAUUAACCUCAGCGACCUUCCGCCCAUAUAUGUUUUGCCGACCCAUUUGGACCUGGACCGGCUGCACGAAGUGGAAGAAGCGCUAGAAAGAUGCGGUGCUCCGCUCACCUACGAUAUCUCGGAGUCUGAGCUAGUCUUGGGUAAAGUGUCGCAGAAGAGACGUGCUGCAUUUGAACUUCGAUCUAGGGGACUGCAGACUGAGGAAAUUUCCUUACCAGCGGAGAUGGUUGCAUGUGCGAAGGAUCUGCUCUCGCAUCGGACUGGCCAGGAACAACAGAUAAUGCUGUCGACCUGA